UUCUAUUGAUAUUCCUUUGGAAAGACUAAUUCCUACAGUUCCCUUGAGACUCAACUAUAUUCAUUGGGUAGAAGAUCUGAUUGGUCAUCAGAACUCUGACAAAAGUACUCUCCGAAGAGGAAUCGACAUAGGUACUGGAGCAUCCUGCAUCUAUCCCUUACUUGGAACAACCUUAAAUGGCUGGUAUUUUCUUGCAACUGAAGUAGAUGAUAUGUGUUUCAACUAUGCAAAGAAAAAUGUGGAACAGAAUAACUUAUCUGAUCUAAUAAAAGUGGUAAAAGUACCACAGAAAACUCUCUUGAUGGAUGCUCUUAAAGAAGAAUCUGAGAUAAUCUAUGACUUUUGCAUGUGCAACCCUCCCUUUUUUGCCAAUCAGUUGGAAGCCAAGGGAGUAAAUUCUCGAAAUCCUCGAAGACCUCCACCUAGUUCUGUAAAUACUGGAGGUAUCACAGAGAUUAUGGCAGAAGGAGGUGAAUUAGAGUUUGUUAAAAGGAUCAUCCAUGACAGUUUACAACUUAAGAAAAGAUUAAGAUAGAGUCAGGGAGAGAGACAGCAGCACUGGAGCCUCCCUGAGGGCCAUGGCACUACCACAUGGUUUCAGGACUCGAACCUGGGCCCUGCCAUGGCAAGCUACACACCCUACCUGGUGAGCUAACUUCCAACCCCAUAAUUAUCUUUUUUUUUUUUUUUACUUGAUGCAGAGGAGACAGGGAGCAAGAAACCAGAACAUCACUGUAGCAUAUGUGGUCCUGGUGAUCAAACUGAGAACCUUAGGCGUGAGAGUCGUGAGGGUCCCUUGCUGCUGCUGCUGUUGCUGCUGUAUGUUACUGCUGUACUGGGGAUUAA